UUCAGUAAACUUUCGCUAACUUUAAUUUAGAGUUUUAAACCAACGGGUUAACAGUUGAUAAACGGUUUCCUACGUGUUGUCAAGGCGACGUCUGACGUCAGUUAUGUCGCUGCUGUCAGCGGUUGAAGAAGCUAUCAAGUCUUGUAAAGCUGAACAAGCCAAGAUUAACGACAACAUUCAACUCUACAGAGAACUAUUACACAGCUUAACGCCACAACCAAAGUCGGGCACUGAUGAGUCUGAAUGUGCAGAUGAUGCUGCUACAGACACAGAUACCUCGCCAGGGGAAAAAGAAGAUAUGGAAUUGCUCGAGCGAGCCCUGGAGAAAGCCCUUCGGGUCCGUACUGGCACAGGAUCUUCUAAAGAAGCCUCAAACAAACAAUCUGCACCUCGAAAGGAACUCGGCAGCACGGCUGUCACAUCCAAAGAGGGAAUGCAGACCUCUAAAAGAAAACCUGGUACGACAGUAUCCUCCACACUGGGCUCAAAACCUUCAGCUAGUAGCUACAAUCCUGGACGGUGCAAAACCACAACUAAUAGAGACGCAACCCAGAACUGUCCUGUCUCGUCAGCUAGGGUUGUUCAUCACCAGGCAGGGAAGAAAUCACAGCAGGCCGUCUCGUCGUCUGGCUCUCUUGGUCGGGGUCAGUUACACACCUCUGCCCUCCGCUCGAAAAACAAGACUAUUAGAAGCAACGUGUUGAGUGGAAGUGACCUGAGCGAAGCUGAAGCUAUCUCCACUCCUUCGAAUACCACAGUGCCUGUUUCACAAACAGAGGAGUCUGGAGCUCCCAGUUUACCUCGACAGAAUGGGGGAGCUUCUGAUCAAACAGCAAAAUGGAAAUCUCUAAGGAGCAAGCAAAACAGGUUAUGGGACAAAGUCGUUGCCCUACAGAGGAAAUCUGUGCCAGGGAGGAGUCGCUUCAUGGAGAGAAUGAGAGCUACGUUCCCCACGGACUGGCCACGUGGUUGCCCAGAUCAGACCAGAGCUCUGGUCAACAGACUGACUCACCAAGGGCAUGACCUCACCCGGCGCUGCCAGACAGAGGAGCUUCUGGCCAAACGGACGCCAGGAGCAGCCACAGAGAUGGGUGGUAAGGCAAACAAGUAUGACUCCUGUCUGACACCGAUGACCGCAGCACAGCUCCAGAACUUUGCACACCGAGCGAAACAAGAGUGGGAAGCAUGGGAUCGAUGGAGGCCAGAGGGAGGUUGUCUUUGCCCCGCUGGGGCAAAUGGUGUGUGGGGAGACGGGAUGGUUGCACCGCUGCCCCCGACUAUAACCUACAGGACAGAGGCUGAACUCCAAGAGCUGGAGACGCUGAGGAUGAGGGUGGCACUGCUGCAGCAGGAGAUUCACCUGGAGCAGGCUCUGUUGGAUGCUCUGUCCCCUCAGCUUUCAUCUAUAGUACCACCAGGUCCUGGAUGUCCCAGCAUCAGUGUGCUGAGAGAUGUGUAUUCCCUGCUGGGUGAAGGAGGGGAGCGUUUCCCUGCCUUAGUCCUGGACUCUGAGCCUGAAUGACUACAGAGCAUAUUACACUUGAUGUCCACCUCCUAUUUACACACAUAAGAGAAAUAAAUGAUUACCUCUCAGUAUAAUGCAAUCCACUGCAACACCAGUUGAAUCCCUCUGACACUGUCAAUACAACCAGAACAUAAAGUUGUAUUGGUCCUUGAAUCAAGGUGAUUACUGUGAAGAAUUUAUGUUUUUUUAGCGUUCUGUGACUGUAUUUAUUCAGUGUCGGACGCCAUGCUGUAAGUUGCAUGACUGGAAAAAUUAAACAAGAUUAUGGUUGUUUAUCAUU